GAGACAAGAGUAGAGAGAGGCAACUUGACACAAGUCUGGACACAGGUUUUAAAGAGUACACCGUGGAUCAGAGCUAAAUCUUCUCCUUCUCUCGGCCAAAGGGGGUACAGCAUGUCCGAAAUGCUUGACGACAUCUUAACAAAGGUGAGUCAGAGUGUAUGAAGUUUACUUUGUUUUGGAAAAGAGCGGCUUUAGAAAUGGAGACUUUGGGAACUCAUAGACUCAUCUCUUAAAGUGUUUGUUUUUUGUUUAUCCCAGCAUUGGUGAAUCCUCCAUGAAUCACUGAUUUGACAGUUUAUCCUGUUUGAACUUAGUGUAUUCACAGAGGACUGCUUUACUCUUUAGAGAUAAUGAGAUAAGGGAGAUAGUCGGCACCGUGUUGUUUGUGUCUUGAAUUCCUAUCUUUCACCAGCAGGAUAUUCAUGAGGGACAGAAAAGUAGUCAUAAACUGCAAUUAUCUGUCUUUAGAUGUUUAGUAUAUUCGGAGCUGAGAUAAAACUUGUGUAACCGAAGAAGUUGCACACUUCUUUUAAGAUUGCCAUGUUAAUCACAGUCAUUUUGUCAACUUUUAUCCUUUAUGGGAGAUCUGAAGUCUGACCCUGCAGUGGAAUUUUUAAACUAUUCAUUGCUUUGAUAAAACUCCAGCCUACAGAAAUGUUCCCAUUAAAACUAGGAUUCAUUAGGAAACUUAAGGAGAAAUGUUUAAUCAACAUUAAAUUGCUUUGAAAUCGUAGACAGGACACCGUCAGGAUUUUAACCAUGUCAUUUAUCUGUUACAGAACUUUCUGAACCUGGCCCUGGACGACGCCUUUCUCCAGCAACAACCUCAACUCAAAGCACCAGGGCAGAGUCGGCUGAACCGCUCAGCCUCCUUCUUCUCUCCACCCUCCCCUCCUGCCAACUCGAGCCUGAGUUUCAGCACAGAGCAUGUCAACAGUGCCGACAACAGCAGCUCUCCCUGGUCAACCAACAUCUGGAGCCAGGGCCCUGUGUCUAAACCGAAGCAGCAGCUCCCCUUCAGGCCCGACCGCUCUAUGAGCCUGACAGAGUCCAGCAGCCUGCUCGCCUCGUUCGGUCAGCUGAAGAACCUGGAGGGUUUUUCCUCAGGCCCAGCCACCACUACUGUGGCUCCGCCACCAGGUUUCCCUCCCUCAUCUGCUCUCCCUGCCCAGAUCCCACCAAUGGUUUCCCCUAAUCGUUACAAGACUGAGCUGUGCCGUGGUUUCCAAGAGACCGGCAGCUGCAAGUAUGGCAGUAAGUGCCAGUUUGCUCAUGGUGAAGCCGAGCUGCGAGGACUCUACCGCCACCCCAAGUACAAGACAGAGCCGUGCAGAACCUUCUACAACUUUGGCUACUGCCCCUAUGGCUCUCGGUGCCACUUCAUUCAUGAAGGAUCUGUCAACGGAGGUCCGUUACCAUCCACCAAAUUCCAGAACCAGCAGCAACCUCCCAUAGCAACCAAUGGGCGCCACCAGCUACGCCAGAGUGUCAGCUUUGCUGGUUUUCUUGGUUCCUCACGCAGCUCUCCUCCUCCAUCAUUCCCUUCAUCCUUCAAUGAUCCCAACAUGGGGUUCAGUCGUGCUCCCUCUGUCUCUCCACCUCCUGCUGAUCUCCUCUCUCCUGUCUUUGGAGAAACCCUUCAGCGGGACACUGCAGCAUUCCACUUCGGCAAGCAUCCAACCCGUGCCAGCACUGGAGACAUCCACAACAUUCCCUUUAUCCUUGAGCCCAAGGCCUCACGCUGUGUGUGUGGUCAUGGGAAUAACUUUAACAGCAACAACAGCAAAGCCUUUGCCAGCAUGGAUGAUGAGCACCUCCAUCAGGAGAAUAGUAAGCUGUUUCCAGCUCCUGGAGGAUUCAUGAAGCCUGCUGGACUCCAGCGCUUCUCCUCCGAGGACUCCCUGGAGGACAGCUACAGCAGCAGCAGUGGAGGUUCCAGUGGAACCGAGUCUCCAACAUUUGACGCAUCCACCAAGAGGCUCACUGUGUUUGAACGUCUGUCCCUGUCUGACUAAGAGGGUCCAAAGGAACAGAACUGAAGAGAACUGACACUUAGUUAAGCAUAUCUAUCGAUCUGGAUUUUCUUCAGAACCAGAACUGAUCAGGACAAGUCAAAUUCUGAUGACAAAAUGACACUUACAGUUCUUAAUUUAUAUUCAUAAAAAUGAAACUCAUGGUAAAAUGACAUAUACUAAGAUAAUUUUAAAACCAAAUCCUUAUCAGACUCUAUUUUUAUACUUAAGAAUAAUAUGUAGCCUAUUAGACCUUUGUAUGUGGUCUUCCAGUCAAAUUUACUCCUCUGCAGGCCCUGCCAGUACCAGUCAAAAGCAUGUACUUAAAUCUGCAGUGAUCAAAACAGCUUUAUCUUUAGUGAAAAUAAUGAAUUCCUGUGCCUUUAAAUGUUCCCAUGCCUCAUGGAAAAUUUACUCUUGGUGCCACAAACAGUAUGUUUGAUUCAGUAGCCUAAAUCAGUGAGACCUGACAUGUGUCAUUGAUGCCAUUUUAUCUGUGAUAUGCACUUUACAGCUAAUUGAAAAGGGAGAAACUGUCAAGUCUCCCAGUAGCAUUCAACCAAAGCUUCAUACUUCACUCUGCCCUGUGUGUGUCUGUACGAGUGAGUGUGCGUUUGUGUGUGAGUGCAUGUGUGUCUGAAUAUAUCUGGGUGUAUGUGUCAUUGUUAAGGACCCCUCCCUUUUUUUGUUCGACAACCUGGUUCAGGGACUUAAACACCGCAGUAUUCCUUUCGGUUAUUGGUUGCCUUGUGAUGUUUAACUUAAACUUGUAUAUUUAUUAUGAUAUUUAUUUGUGUUUAAAGGAAAAACAAAUGUAUUUUGUACUUUAUUUAUGGAGGAAUAUUUCAAGGUCUGUGAAUGCCAAUGUAAGAAAAAGCAGCAGAAAAGAGAAUCUUAUAUUUUUAAUUGCCUGAAAGGGAAAAAUAAAUUUCUGAAUAAAUGAAAGAAAUGAAUGUA